AUGUCGGGACUCGAGAAGGCACUCUUCAACCUUAAGUUCACAGCAAAGCAACUCAACCGACAAGCAGCGAAAGCAGGCAAGGACGAGAAGACCGAGAAAGAUAAGCUUAAGAAGGCAAUCCAACAAGGCCACGGCGACAUCGCGAAGAUCUAUGCUCAAAAUGCCAUCCGCAAACAGAAUGAGAGACUCAAUCUACUGAGACUCGGGAGUAGGAUUGAUGCGGUGGCUAGCAGGGUGCAGACUGCGGUUACGAUGCGCCAGGUUACCGGGAGUAUGACGAAUGUUGUGAGGGGUAUGGAUCAGGCUAUGAAAGCUAUGGAUUUAGAAAGGAUCUCAGCAGUAAUGGACCGCUUUGAAACGCAGUUCGAGGAUCUCGAUGUCGCAACUGGCUACUACGAGAACGCAACGACUUCAGCAACAGCGGUGGGCACACCGCAGGAAGAUGUGGAUAGGCUCAUGAAUCAAGUGGCGGAUGAGGCGGGCGUAGAGCUUAAUCAGGAGAUGGAGGGCGCGAAACCUGUGGCUGCCGCGCCCGUGAAGUCCGGGCCGACGGAAGUAGAGGAAGAUGGGUUGGGUGAACGUUUGAGGGCUUUGAGAUCGUGA